UCUGUUCUCCAUAGAAGUAACGACGACGUAUUUUGCCGUGCGAAAUUAUUGGCGAGGGUUUUUCGCCGCUUGCUGCAGUGCCAUUAUGUUUCGUCUCCUGUCCGUUUGGUCGGGCGCCACGCCGACCAUCAAACCAUUGUUCCCAACACAUUUACCACAAGAAUUCCCAUUUGACCCUCAAGAGUUUGCUGUGUUCGUCUUGCUGGGCAUAGUGGCCGGUCUAUUUGCAGCGCUAUGGGUGUGGCUACACCGGCAUUACGUCCUCUUCAUGAGAAACACCAAGACCCUUAGCAACUUUCUGCAGAAGAAUCGCUUCAUCUAUCCAGGCAUCAUGACUCUGGCUGUGAUGACAAUCCUCUGGCCUCCUGGUAUCGGAAAGUACAUGGCUGCAGACCUUAGCAACCAGGGCCAGGUACUUGCCAUGUUCGCGAACUUCACAUGGGGAGACAACCUGACGGCUGCGCAGGCGGCCGUGGUCGACCACUGGCGGACGCCUGAAGUUGACAUCUUCGGCUGCCUCGUCAUUUACUUCUUUUCAAUUUACUUCUUAUCAAUGGUGUCGUGCACGCUGCCCGUGCCGGCCGGUAUCUUCGUGCCCGCGUUUAAGAUGGGCGCGUGCAUGGGCCGGUUCACCGGUGAAGUGAUGCAUUACUUCUGCCCUCUAGGGGUAGCGUACGGAGGACAUAUACAGAAGAUUCUGCCAGGUGGCUACGCGACAGUGGGGGCUGCGGCGUUCACAGGCGCUGUCACUCAUACCGUGUCCACUAUGGUUAUCGUGAUAGAGAUGACGGGACAGGUAACGCAUUUAUUGCCAAUCAUGGCGUCAGUACUAGCCGCGAACGCAACAGCCGCUCUUCUACAGCCGUCCUGCUUCGAUAGCAUCAUCCUCAUCAAGAAACUGCCUUUCUUACCCGAUCUCCUCAGCUCUGCUAGCCGUAUGUACGAUAUUUGUGUGGAAGACUUCAUGGUGCGCGACGUCAAGUACAUCUGGGACAAGAUGACCUUCCAGCAGUUGAAGGAUUUGCUCAAAGAAAACAAGGCAAUAAAGAGCUUCCCGUUAGUAGACAGUCCAUCGAAUAUGGUACUUCUCGGAUCCAUCCACCGCUGGGAAUUAGUCCGCGUGAUCGAAAAGCAAGUGGGUAGGGAGCGAAGGCUACAGGUGGCCGCCAUGUGGCAUAGGGAAGCUGAAAAGAGGCGGAAGGAAGAAGAGGCUAAGAAACGGCAGAGGCGACCUUCGAGAUUCGAGGUAACGCCAGCUCCGGAUAUGCUGCAAGUUCCCGGUACAGGUCUCACUCGAGGAGGAUCGCUCACCACCAAAGACCAAGGAGGCCUUAUACCAGCUCCUGGUCAACUAUUCCGUCCGAAGUCAAUCCUCAAGAAGACCAACUCAUUCACCCUCACCCGAGGUUUGGGGUCACCGACCUCAGCACCUCAGUCGCCCUUGUCGGCUCAGCCUUCCGUAUACACCACAGUCACCGGGGCCGAAACCAGAAUCCGUGCGGCGUUCGAAGCCAUUUUCAAGCGAUCGUCGCUGCUCCCUGACGUGGAGGGCGGUCUGCCUGACCAAGUGGGCGGUUUGCCGCGCACUCCGUCCAUUAACAAAAAAGUGCAACUGCCCCGUGAGCGCGUGUGCGACAUGUCCCCCGAAGACCAGAAGGCGUGGGAGCAGCUCGAGAUGGCGAAAGAAAUAGACUUCGAUCGGAUGCUUCAGAUCGCCAGAAAGAGAGACACGGUGGAAGACACCGACUACGAGGACGAGAACCUGUACAUCUGCCACAUCGACCCAGCGCCGUUCCAGCUGGUCGAAAGAACUUCACUCCUUAAGGUCCACUCGCUGUUCUCGACCCUGGGCGUGAAAAGAGCGUAUGUCACGGCCAUUGGUCGACUCAUAGGAGUUGUUUCACUCAAAGAGCUGCGCAAAGCUAUAGAAGACGUGAACUCCGGCGCACUGACGAUCGCCACUCGGCCGGAGCCGCCCUCCUCGCCCAUGCCCAUGUUCAUCAAGGUGCCCUCGACGCAGCCGGCGCCGCCCACCGACAGCGAAACCGCCAAACUCACCAUCAGCGACGACAAGGGAGACAAGUGAGGACGGCGUCGCCCUUCCUGGACACAGCAUUCACUCCUGACAUGGGCUGACAUACUUUUCAUUUAAUCACCAGCCACGCC